CUCCCACGAGCACAGCAGCAGUUGCAUGGAACGCUUUCUCGCGCCCUAACAAUAGAGUGGUUCCUGGAUUCUCCUCCGCCGCCGCCUCUUCCACCAGGAGUGCAUUUGAUAUCAGAGACAGUACAAUCAUGGAUCCGACCCGGGGAUUUAAAUUCUUGGACACGGUGGCAUGCUCUACAGCUCAGUGAGGAUGGGAAGAAAAUAAGAGGAUUCUUAACAAACGUAUCAGGUAGUGGUGUCGCAGCUGAAGGAUGCCGCUGGUGAAGCGCACCAUCGAGCCCAGGCACCUGUGCCACACGGUGCUGCCAAGGAACAUCAAGAAUGAGCUUGAGUGUGUGACUAACAUCUCCUUGGCCAACGUCAUACGCCAGCUCGGCAGCCUCAGUAAAUAUGCAGAAGACCUGUUUGGAGAGCUGUUCAACGAAGCACACACCUUCUCUUUCCGGGUCAACUCCCUGCAAGAACGCGUGGACCUCCUCUCCAUCAGCGUCACACAGCUGGACCCCAAAGAGGAGGAAUUGUCUCUUCAGGACAUCACCAUGAGGAAGGCUUUCAGGAGUUCAACCAUCCAGGACCAGCAGCUGUUUGACCGCAAGUCGCUGCCCGUCCCACUGCAGGAGUCCUACCAGACCUGUGAGGAGCCGCCCCCCCUCAACAUCCUCUCGUCCUACAGGGACGAUGGGAAGGAGGGUCUGAAGUUUUACACCAAUCCGUCCUACUUCUUUGACCUGUGGAGAGAGAAGAUGCUGCAGGACACAGAGGACAAGAGGAAGGAGAAGCGGAAACAGAAGUUGCAGGACCCCCGCAUGUAUGAUCAGGUCUAUAGGUACCUAGACCUUCCAGGGCAGAUGAAGACGCUAGACCGUCCCCACGAGCAAGAGAAGAUCCCGCGGGCGCCACACGACCGUAAGAAGGAGUGGCAGAGACAGGCACUGGGCGCUGAGCUCGCCCAGGACAUACCUGAGGACAAACACAGAGAGGCUAACGGAUCUGCAGGUUACCACGACAACAGGGCUCCCAUGUACUUGGAAGAUAUGGAGGGGCCCUUCUCUCUGGCGGCGCUGCCCUACAGCCAGAUGAACGAGCUGCUGAACCGUACCGGGGACAGAAUGUAUUCACGGCCCCACGACCCUCCACCGCCUCCACCCCUCAUGCACCCACUGGGAGAGAUCAAGCCACCCUCUGUGAUCAGUUCCAGUUCAGGUUUUUCCGACAGCAGACCCCAGUCUCCAGCACGGACAUCAGGCUUCAACUCCAACACUCCCCCUCCACCGCCCCCCCCCUCUCCCUCCUCCGCCUCCCCCGUUACCCUCUCAGGCCUACGGGGCACUCCUCCUCCUCCCAUUCCUCCUCUUCCAGUGCAUCAGCAUCCUCCGCCCAUCCCCCCCCCUCCGGCUCCACUCCAGAUCGCCCCCGGUGUGCUGCACCCGGCCCCGCCGCCCAUCGCCCCGCCCCUCCACUGCUCCCCGGCCCGUCUCCAGCAGGUCCUGGAGAGGGGGCUGCCCUCGGGCUCUGGCACCCAGUCGGACGGCAGCAUCCUGCCUCCCCCCCCGCCGCCUCCCCCUCUGCCCCUCACUGGAGGACGGAGCUCCUCGCCCUGUCUCUCAGGCCCCCCACCCGUGCCGGCCUUCCCCUCAGCAGGAGCCAUGGCCCCCCCCCAGGGCAGCAAGAGGCACCAAGCAGCCAGCCUGCCCCCCAUCAGCGACGCUCGCAGUGUCCUGCUGGAAGCCAUCAGAAAAGGCAUACAGCUUCGGAAAGUGGAGGAGCAGCGAGAGCAAGAGGCUAAGCACGAGCGCGUUGGCAACGACGUGGCAACCAUCCUGUCCCGCCGCAUCGCUGUGGAGUACUCCGACUCCGAGGAUGAGUCCGAGUUUGACGAAGGAGACUGGAUGGAGUGAUGGAGAUCAACAGAUGGAAGGGGGGUGGAAAAAGGCAGAGGAGGCAGAGGAGGAAUGUGUUCAGGUGCACUCCACACCUCGCCAUCACAGUCCUUUCUACUCUGCAAAGAAGCAAAACAUUGUUGUCGCCCACUCUUCCUCUGUCGCGCUUCAUUCUUUCUCAAAUCUCUGUCUUGUGGUUUGUCUUCGGAGGAGAAUCUUCAUGUCCUGGUCUGUCUCUAGUGUUCCAAAAGAAGUUUUUGCAUUUAUUCUUUUCUGCACAUGACAUUGUUUCUUCUGGAUUUCUUGUGAUGAAGUCCCCCAUGUUUACUAUUGUUAUACAUGAAAAUAACUUUUUGAAGAACCACUUGUUUUGUUUCUUAUCUGUACUUCGAUGUAAAAAAAACAACAAGAAAAGGAAAAAAUGAAGGCAUGUUGAAUUCUCCUUAGUUCUCCAGCACCAUUUUGCCACCCGGUGGCACAAAAUGGCAUUGAGUGGAAGCUGGUUUAUUUUAUCGUCUUUCAUUUACAUUUUUCUGCUGACACAUUUGCCGUUGUAACGGGACAGUAGUUGCUGAUACUGACCACUACAUGAACUCAGUUUUUUUGUUACUUGUCAUCAGGACUGACUCCACCACUUAGAACAAGCUAAAGAUUGUGUUGGUAUGUCAUGUGAUGUUUGCUAUAUAGGUGAAAAUGAAGAAGGGGAAGCUUGUGCAUAUCCAUUCACUUACAUCCAACUUUUACCCCAGGGAAAUGUAUGCCAAGAGAUUGAGCUGUUUGUCUGUCAAGGUUCUACAGAGCCCUGUAUGCUCACGUGGACAUCAAGAGAAACACUGAGCCAUCGGCUUUCUGCAUAUCGAGCUCCCAUCAUUUCUUUGCCAUAGAAAUGGACACUAGAAGUGGUUAGAUGCUGUACAUGUACGUCAGAUCUCCUGCCUGUUUACUGUUCCUGAUACAUUUUCAGUGUGCAGAGGAAACAAGUGUGAAUUUCAAAAAGGAACCCACUCAACAGAGUCUGACCAACACCAGGUAAACCCACUCAACAGCACUGAAGGCAGCUCUUCCCUCAGAUCCCCUGUUACUGAGUCCCUGCCCAAUGACAAGAAGCCUUACCUCCUUCGGUUCUGCAGCAACAAACACAAUAAUACAUGUUCUACGAGACUGCCCUUUCAGGCAUGAAAGAGAAGGAUACAUUAUGCCUUGUUUUGGCUCAUUUCAAAGAAAAUGUCUGCCAUCCUUUUCUGUUCGUCGUUCGUUCGUUCUUUCUUCUACUUGCCUUAUUGUUCGUACAAAACGUAUCGUUGAGUUGAUGAAUGUAUUGUGCUGUUACUACUUACUUGCCUGCGCUUGUAUGGAUUUGCUGUUUCUAUGUUUGGGGAGGGGGGAUGACGGGGGGGGGCACAGUAACCCUGGUUUAAAAAAGAAAAAGAUUAGAUCAAUACUGUAUACCAUGUAACUUAUGUAACUGUUGACUGUAACAGUUUGCUUGAAUUAAUAAAAAUCUAAUGUUAUGUUUUAGCCCUAAAUGUUA